UGUCUUGCUUCAACUGUUGUUGAAUUCACCACACAGUCGCAGCUCUUUGCAACAACCCAUUUUAUCUAAACUACCAUGUCUCAUCAAUGGUUGGCACUUUUGGUCUUGGUCGGACUGGCUUCUUCGGCUUUGGCCAGCUUCAAUCCUCACGGCCAGCCGCUCCUUUCAGCGGUGACAUCUUACACUUUUACCGUCAUGACGACGAGCGCCAACAAGACGAUGUACUGCUACACCACGGAAGGCCAAGUCUCUCAAUGUCGUCGUAAGCGCGGAAUUGAAGAGAGCCCACUGAUUCUUGCAGCUCAUCCAGUUUCUGAGGAUGAACCCAUCAACCCAUCGAAUGUUUUGGGAGUUGAAGCUACGACUGCUCCAAGAGCAGAACGGGCCCUGAGUGCGUUGGACUAUUACAACGCCGACAGGAUCUUCAGUUCGUUUGACGACUCCUACUUGAACAAACAAAACCUUUUCCGACAACUGUCCAACAGAGGAAGGAACAACGUCAUCUCGGUCGGCAACUGCGGCAUGUCGACGGUCAACUUUAGCCAGUUCCUUUCCUGCCUGGGAUUGACUGUCCAGGAAACGACCACUCUGACGGCCACCUUCACCGACACCAUCUUCACCGGAACCAAAUAUAAUACAAUGACCGUCAAGAACUGCACACCGGCCGGAUUUCCUUAUGCGUUCUGUGACAAAAUUAUUAAAAAUACUGCUGUGGCUGCUGAAGUUUAAAUCUGAAACAUUUCCCAUUUCAACACUGAUCUGGAAAUGCUGACUCCCUUGAAACGAUUUCCGAUGAAUCCCCCCACAAAUUCGGCACAUUGUUGCUGAAUUCAAAAUGUUAUUCUUCACUUAAACUUUAAAAUUAUUUCAAAAUUUUCUGGUGUAUUUAAAAAAGUGCAAUUUAUUUAUAUUGCUGAUUGAAUUUGAUCCAAGUCGUUUUUGAAAGGCAUGCACUUUAUUAUGUAUUCGGCCUAAAUUAAUAAAAUAUUUCUUUGCAGACAAA